AAUUGCAACGAAAAACCCCAACUCCUCCCUAGUCCUUGCCCAUCCAUCAACGAUUAGAAAGGUUCAUUUAUUAUCAUCCGGACACAGGGUACCGACGGGGCCGCUGUCUGAUGGAUCUUCAAACCGACAACUGCACCCUGGAAGAUCUCUUCACUAAAACCAAUUAUUGGAUCGAUAUCACUUCACCCUCCACUUCCGAAAUGAAAUUAAUAUGCAAGAUAUUCCGGAUCCAUCCACUGACUGUAGAAGACAUCAUGUCGCAAGAAAUCAGAGAGAAAUGCGAUGUAUUUAGAAACUACCUGUUCAUAUGCUACCGAGCCUUUGUUCACGAUGAUGAUGUCCUCAAACCCAUCAGUUUUUACAAUAUCGUUUCCAAACGAAGUAUCGUCUCGAUUCACUAUGGUCAAGUCCCUCACGUCGACCAUGUGCAACGACGAGUGGACCAACUUCAAGGGUAUAUCAUGGUGAUUCCCGACUGGAUUAAUUACGCCAUCAUGGACGAAAUUACAGACAGUUUUGCCCCUAUCAUCCUUCAAAUCGAGUCCGAGGUCGACGCCAUUGACGAUCUUGUCCUACUACUCACAUCCACCGAUCAAUCCGAUAUGGUGUCACGAAUAGGAUCGUGCCGCAAACGUGUCAUGCAAAUGCUUCGAUUGUUGGGCACCAAAGCCGAUGUCGUUCGUACAUUGAUUAAACGAUACGAAGAACGCAGUCGCGACGAGGCCGCCACCGUCCAUCAUGUUGUCACUGGUCCCACCACUUGUUGCCAACAAGCAUGUGCUCACUCUGUCAACAGUAAAACCCCCACCACCAUUCUCGGCCACAAGAAGAAAAGUAGUUCCAUUAUCCCGGAUUUCAUCGAGGAUGAUGGAAGGAUCCUGCCCGACGUGGGCCUCUAUCUGGGCGAUGUUCAAGACCAUAUUCUGAUGAUGUUGCAAAACCUGAAUCACUACGAGACUGUGUUGGCCCGUUCCCAUUCCAAUUACUUGGCGAGAAUCUCCAUAGAGUUGACCCAGACAUCCAAUUCCACCAACCAUGUCAUUGGACGUCUCACCAUCUUUGCCACUGUCUUGCUCCCUAUGAAUCUCGUCACUGGUUUGUGGGGGAUGAACGUCAAAGUACCAGGCAAAGACGUUGACAAUUUGAUCUAUUUCUUUUGGAUCGUAUGUAGUCUAGCAGUAUUUGCUAUUUUAUCGCUCACGGUGGCCCGUCGGCUUCAAUUCUUUUGAAGACGAUGAAGAAUAAUCCCAGUUUUCGCUGUCGCGGCCCUUGAAUGAAAACUCUUUCAUUACUAUUUUAGGCUUAGCGUCUAGGGGAAAAUGAUCGCAGAAGCACCCAAAACACAUCCCAAAAAAAAAGUAAUCAGCGCCAAAGCAAUAAGGGCUAGUGCCACGGAGACAAUCAUGUAUUUGAACAUAAAUUGGGCAUAAGUUAUACCAGAGCUCCCGCAAAAAGGGUCACUGCUCAGUCUUUUUUAUCAUUUUUUCAUUCCCCAUUGCUUUUUUAUACAUCAUAUAUAUUAUUUGCCAUGACAAUAACAGUAGUUGUUUUUAAUUUUACC